GCCCAACCCAAUAAGCUAAGCAAGCAGCCAAGCACUCAUCACACUCUCUCUACUUGCUAGCUAGCCGCCCUUAGCUUCGCACGCGACAUCUAUCAUCGGCCAAGAAACGGAGCAGAUCGGUCGGCCGCCGACAUGGGGGAUCACGCUGAGAUGCUGCAUGCCACUCCGGCCAUGUACAACGGCGCCGGCGCUGCCCCUCGUGGUGGCUGGUGGAGUACGGCGGUGCCCGCGACCACGUGCUCGACGGAGCUGGCCGGCGGCUUCACCACGUGGUCGUCCGCCCUGGCUGCUAGCUACGACCUGGCGGCGGAGGGGGCAAAGGCCAACAAGAGCGCCACCACCGCCUCGUCGGAGUCGCCCGGGAACAACAGCUCCGUGACCUUCCAAGAACCGGCCGGCGGCGUCGGAACCGCCGUGGUGCAGCAGCCUCUUGCUGGCUGCGCUGACUGGAGGCAUCCCUAUUUGAGCAGCGGCGCUGCUACUUUGCAUGGGUUUCUGCAAGAUGGUCACCAGCAGGACAUGAGCUCAUCGACAACUGAGCAGAGCCCCAUGGCCGCAUCAAGCCUCAUGAACCCUUCAUCCAAUAACCUAGCCCUGGCCCUGCAACAAGGUCACCAUCACCAAGAGCCGGACCACCAGCAGAUGCUGUCCAACUUCGGCGGCUCCGAGGCCGAGCUGCUCCUGUCGCCGACGACCUCACCCUACGGGUUCCAGUCGUCUCUGCUGAGAAGCCUCAUGGAGCCGACAGCGGACGCGGCGAAGCCGGCUUUGCCGGGGUACCAGCAGCAGUAUGACCAGUACCAGCAGAUGGGCAUGGGCCAGGCGAGGUCGUUUGCACCGGCCGGCGGAGCUGCCAGCAGGGAGGCACUCCAGUUCACCAACGACGCGCCGUCCUGGAACCCUUCCGCUGCGGCUGGGUUCGGCGUGCCGCCGGCGCCGGCGCCGGCGCCGGCGCCGGCUGACCAAGCUAGCAGCAGCGUACGUUCUGUGAAACCAUCGCCGGCGGCGCGUGCUACUGCAACCCUUGCAUUAAAGACUGCGUUGGAAGGAGUAGGAGAGUCUGCUAGCUCCAUCAUCACCAAGAAGAAGGCAAACGGAGAGCUGGUGCCGGCCUUCAAGAAAUCGAGGCUCCAGACGCCGUCGCCGUUGCCAACGUUCAAGGUUAGGAAGGAGAAGCUAGGGGACAGGGUCACUGCACUCCAACAACUCGUCGCCCCUUUUGGAAAGACGGAUACAGCAUCGGUGCUCCAUGAGACCGUCGAGUACAUCAAGUUCCUCCACGACCAGGUCGGGGUCCUUAGUGCUCCAUACUUGAAGAACAACGGCCAUCAAGUGCCCUACCUGAAGAGAUCAAGUCCUGACAGGUCCGAGGACGACAACAGCCAUGCCGGCGAGAGAUCACUCAAGGGCCGGGGGCUGUGCCUGGUCCCGAUAUCGAGCACGUUCGCGGUAGCCAGCGAGGUGCCCGUCGAUUUCGGGUGGAGUACUGCAUUUGCUGCCAGCUUUAGGUAGAAGAGAAGGCUGGGAACGAAGAGCGCGCCAAAGCUCUGAUCAGAGGCGUCGAACGAGUAUAUAACUAGCUAGCUAGCCAGCUACCACAGAUCGAUCGACCUGCCCUGCUGACGAUAUUAUAUGCAUAUGUCGAUGCGUUUCUGAUCUAGUGAGUCUAGCAGUGUAUGGUUAUGCGUGGUUAUCUCUCUCUCAUAACUAUAGUACGUACUAAGCAUGCAUGCAGCAGCUCUGGCAACGAAAAAGGAUUGCAGAUUGAGCUUGCAUUGCUUGCUUGCUAGCUCGAGAUGAACCUUUGGAAUGAGUCCUUGAAGACUUGGAUUCAUUCUCCAGGUUCAUCUAUCCAUCAGGGAAUAAGCUACUUAAGAGGUGGUCAUCUAAUAGGUUUGAGAGGACACACAACAAGUCUCUACUGAUCGUCAUCAUCAGCUUCUAACUAUUACGGUUGUUGGUUGUUGGAUUGCAUCAUUGGGUAGUUGUCGAAGGAUUUGUUAAAUAUGUGUAAUGAUUUCUAGUUUAAUUUAGUAUGGAUCAAAGUGUGUAGCAGGUCUCUAUUGAUUGUACUACCAAAUAAAUUAAAGUGUCAUCUCUUUGAUU